UAUACAUUACUCAUUAUAUUCCAUUCAUAAUACAGUAUAGACAUUAGACUAUAGUGUGCACCUACAUAGUGUCUUAAAUAAACUUAAGUGUUCUUGAAAUUAUAAUGGAAUUAGAAACAGGAGCAGUAAUUUAUCUAAAAGUCAGAUGAUAUAUUACUUUGGGGGUCACUUAAGUAAAAAAAAGACAGAAAUAAUCAACAAGCAAAACAAAAUAACAAUGGAAGAAAGACAUAGACGUGCCAUACAACAGAAUUUUACUUCUCUGGUGGAGCAGACCGACUUGGAUAUGAUGGUGUCAGCCUUGUAUGAGAGGGGUGUGUUCUCGGAGCAGAUGAUUGAACAGUAUAAGGACGUGAGUAAAGAUGUAAGAUAUCGCAAACGGCUUUUAUACAUGGACGUGACGAGGAGAGGCCCUCAAGCGUUCGGUCACCUGCUGGACGCCUUGUUCGAGGCUGGCCACUGGAACCUCGUGCGGGAUCUGGACCCCCACAGUGCGCUACACAGCAGGCCUCAAACGACCCGGCGUCCCUUACCAGACACGAGUUCACAUUCGAGCGAGAACAACUUCGUUAGUAUCAGUGCCCAGAAAAAGAAAACGAAGAGUGUCCCAGAGCCGGCAAAAAGUCCGCGCCGGCACACUCCCGCCACCAGCUCGCCCGGCCCGGACGAGGCGGAGGACACGGCGGAGAUACCGCAGAUCGACGUCGUGAAGUCGACCAAGUUCUACGAGGACGGACACGGUAAACAUAACGCGAGCCGCGGCGUUAGGAGUAAGCUUUCACCGUGUAAGAGUCGCUCUGACCGCAGACAUCAAGCUGUACCGCACGCGAGGCCGCAACCGAGGCGUGCUGGUCGUCUUCACGUACAUCGAGUUCCUCCACAACACGGCCUCCUACCGGCGCGGCGCGGACGUGGACUGCCAGCGGCUCAAGUACCUGUUCAACGAGCUCGGCUUCAAGGUGCUCUCCUACAUCAACCUCACCGAGAGCGAGACGUGGAACACGCUGCACUCGCUCAAGGAGGUGGUCGCCGGCGUGGACUGCGUGUUCAUAGUGGUGUCCUCGCACGGCUACCCGUCAUCGCACGGCUCCGACAUCGACAUCCGCUGCCACGACGGACGCUUCAUCAGCGUCUUCGAGAUCGUCAACCACUUCAACAACGAGAGGUUCCCCGCGCUCAGGGGCAUCCCCAAGGUGUUCAUAUUCCAGCUCUGCCGCGGCAACAACGAGAGCUUCCUGUACGGCGGCGCGGAGUCGGACGGCACUGCGGGCGGCGCGGCGGGGGGCGCGGGUGGCGGUGCGGGGCCCCCUCGCCUGCUGCCGCCGGAGUCCCCGGGCGGGGGCCGCGCUCUGGACCGCGUGACAUCGGACAUCCUGGUGGCGCACUCCACCAUCCCCGGCAACGUGUCCUUCCGCGACCGCCGCGACGGCUCGUGGUACAUCCAGGCGCUGUGCUCGGUGUUCGCGGCGCGCGCUCACGACUGUCACGUCGAGAAACUCUUCACGCUCGUCGACAAGGAGCUCCACAAGAACUUCCACGUGCAGACCUCCGCCGUGGAAAAAUGGGGCUUCAACUGUCGGCUCUACCUGCACCCUGGACUCGUGGAGACCGACGGGGCCGGGGAACCCUGACCGGCCCGACCGCGGACGUGCGCCAUAGAUACGUGUAUAUUUCAGAAAAAUACUAAUCUCACCGACUCCAGCGGCUCGAGCUGAGAGCGAGUCACGACGAGUCUCCUCGUGUGCGCGAAAACAAAUGGAUAGUUUCACUAUACUGUGUGCGGAUGAAAUAUAUGAGUUGUAGCGGGACACAAUGUACGUACUGAAUGCAUCUUACGCCGAGCCGUCACAGAUGUCUUAUAAGAGUGAACGAGUGUUUGUGUCUGUGAUUGUCCGCGUUGUUUUAAACAUGAUCAUGUUUCUUGUUCGACCCGACGCUGAUACAUAUGAAAGUUAACCAGAACACGUCUCACCUCGGGGGCUAAUCGCCGCGCCGUGAACGCUGGGAGACGGACUUUACCGCAGGAUUUGUUUGAUAAGAAUUUUAUGAUAGAAGUCAUUUAUAAUGAUAACAUUCCAGUGUGAGAGGACGCACUCGGCGGCUAGGGAACCGACAGGAAGUAGAGGGGGCGGGGAGGGGGGCUCUGUACAUGUGAUAAUGUUUUGUAUCAUUUAAAGGAUAUACAUUUGGAGGAUUUUACAAUUUGUACAUUUUAUAUAGUCAUAGAGUGUUAUAUGACAUCCGUCAGAACCAGCGAUCGGGAAAUGUGGACGUAAUAUUUUAUUAUUUAUGAAAAAUAACGAAGUUUAAUAAAAAUUACAGUAAAUA